AUGAAUGAAGUGAGCCCAUCAGGUGGUAAGAACAGGUAUUUCCACGAGGCAUAUUUAACCUUCUGUUGGAAGAAGGACUCAGUGGCCUUUGAGGAUGUGGCUGUGAACUUCACUCUGGAGGAGUGGGCUUUAUUGGAUUCGUCACAAAAGAAACUCUACAGAGAUGUGAUGAGGGAAACCUUCAGGAACCUGGCCUCCAUAGGAAAGAAAUGGGAAGCUUAUGACAUUGAAGAUCAGUACAGAAACCAAAGGGGAAAACGAAGAAAUCCAAUAUUAGAGAGAGUCUGUGAAGGGGAGAAGAAUAGUCAAUGUGAGGAAAACUUCAGCCUUACUCCAAAUCUCAGUCCAAAGAAAAAAUCUCUUCCUAUACUAAAACCAUGGGAAUACAGUGUGUGUGGGAAAGUCUUCAUGCUGCAGUCAUCCCAUAAUAUGCAUAUCAGAAGUCACACUGGAAACAAGCCAUCUGAGUGUCAAAAUUAUGGAGACAAGCUGUAUAAUUAUGAUGUAUGUGGGAGAACCUUCAGUUAUCUUCAGUGUUUUGACAAACAUGAAAGGAAUCACAAUGGAGAAAAAGCCUAUAAAUGUAAGGAAUGUGGGAAGACCUUUAGUUCUUCAACUUCACUUCAAAUACAUGAAAGAUCCCACACUGGAGAAAAGCCUUACAAAUGUAAACAGUGUGGUAAAGCAUUCAGUUGUCUCAGUUCUCUUCGACGUCAUGAAAAAGUUCACACUGGAGAGAAACCCUAUGAAUGUAAGGAGUGUGGAAAAACCUUCAGGUAUUAUCAAAAUUAUCGAAGACAUGAAAAUAAAUUUACUGAAGAGAAGCCCUAUGAAUGUAAGGAAUGCGGGAAAACUUUCAGAUGUUAUCAAAGUUUUCGAAGACAUGAAAGAAAUCACAGAGAAGUGAAACCAUAUGUAUGUAAGCAAUGUGGUAAAACAUUUAGUUGUCUCCGUUAUCUUCGCAAACAUGAAAGAAAUCACACCAGAAAGAAACCCCAUGAAUGUAAAAUCUGUCGUAAAGCAUUUAGGUAUCCCAGUGAUCUUCAAAAACAUGAAAGAAAUCACACUGGAGAGAAACCUUUUGAAUGUAUGGAGUGUGGUAAAGCCUUCAGAGAUCCCAGUUCCUUGCAAACACACCAAAGAACUCAUAUUGGAGAGAAACCCUAUGAAUGCAAGGAAUGUGGCAAAGCUUUCAGUUCUCAUCAAUGUGUCCAAAUACAUGAAAGAAAUCACACUGGAGAGAAACCAUAUGUAUGUAAAAAAUGUAGUAAAGCAUUUACUUGUCUCCGUUAUCUUCGAAAACAUGAAAGAAUUCACACUGGAGGGAAUCCUUUCCAGAACCCAUCUCCUUUAUGGUCCAUGUUAGAGUUCCUUAGUAGCCUCACUUGCAUGAGAUUUGGAAGGCAAAAACGAAGAAGGCAUUAG